AUGCGCAUCGCUAAUUAUUGGUGGAUUUCCGGUUUACUUCCGCAUACAACAGACACGAAAAGUAUCUUCUUCAAAGAUUGUUUUCUCCAUUUCUGUAAGGUAUCUGAAUACAAAGCCACCAUGAAUGUAGAACAUGAAGUACAGCUUUUGGUAGAAGAAAUUAAAAGGCUUGGAGCUCCAAAUUCUGAUGGACUGAUUGCUACCACAUUUGGAGUUUUAUUCCAUGAUGACCGUUGUGCUAACAUAUUUGAAGCUUUGGUUGGGACACUCAGAGCAGCAAAACGCAAGAAGAUUGUCAAGUAUGAUGGAGAGCUGUUGCUACAAGGUGUCCAUGAUAAGGUUGAAGUUGUACUAUUGAAGGAGUAUUAGAUGAAUUAAAGACUCUGUACAUUUAUAUUACAUGGACGUAAUACUCAAGUGCAAUGAGUUUCCAAAAUAUUUUAGUCCCUUUUCUAUAAAUCCUUAUUCAAAUGUAAAAUAUGGACACUAUGCACAACAUAUCAUGUUUGAAAACAGACAUUUACUAUAUGUAGAUGUAACUCGUAAUGAUAAUGAUGCUAGAUUUUGCAGUAUAUAGCCAAUGACUAGUACAUUGUACAUGGUUGUUUCAGUGGACCAAAACAACACAAAAGCUCAAAUAUGGCUUAGAUGUAUUGUUUUUGGCAUUUAAAACCUAAUUUUUAUGCAGAUGUAUAUGCUGAAUAUAGUAAUUAUAGUAUAUGGGAUUUGUCUUGCCAUAAGUUCCCUUCAUUAUCAUGGACCAUAUUUUGAAAUAACUUUCAGAAUAAUGUGUGUGGUUAAUUUAUGGAGAAAUUAUCAAAUUUCCAUUCAAAAAAUAUGUUCAGCAGAUGUAAGGUCUUACUUCCAUUUAACAGCCCAGGGCUUUAUUACAAGGAAAUUGUUACAUGUAUUCUUGAAGAACCACAGGGUGUUGACAUAUUCAGGUAAUUGACUGAUUUUGUAUUUUGAUUAGCCUUGAAAUAAUAUGGACAAUUAGCAUUUUGUCACUUUCCUUAUAAUGCACAAUACACAACAAAAUGUAUGCAAAAACAGAUCUCCAUUUAUUUUUUAUAGAAAUAUGAAUCAUACAUUGUAUGCCAUAAGUUCUUUGUAAUAAAUUAUGUGGAUAUUUGUA